AUGGGCGGAUUUGAACAUAGAGUGAAGUUCAGAGCAAAGGAGGUAAAGAGAUUUUUUAAUAAGGGAAUUAAGACUGUUGGAAAUUCAUUCAAGAAAGGAUGGAAUAAAGUCAAGUAUAUCAAACGUUGA